GACACCUCACACCAUAAUAACGCAUAUAAAAUCUAAAAUAGUAUCUUAAUAAGCACAACAACCUAUUGAGUCGGGGGAUGCAUAACAAAAUUAUAGUUGUAUAAGAGACAGCUCAGAACAGAGUAGCCUAAAAUAGCUGCUGUCAUCCGUUUUUAACAUUUUAAACUAUUUACCUUCUAUUGCUUUUGUGAAAAUAUAUUUUAACAUAGAAUUUAAUUAUAGUAAUUGCACUUAUGGACACCAUUCUGGACAAUUUCGCCCCGGAUAAACUUUUCCCCAGUGCCAACCUGUUGGACCUUGAGGAUUUGAAUGAAGGGGAUUUUCUCAACAAUGUGCACUUCUCGGAGCAGAUGGAGGACUUCUCCAACGAGCUGUUCAGCAGCUUCUUUGAUGACCACCUCCUGGCCGACAGGAACCCACUGCUGGACAUGGAAAUGGACCCACCCAACCCUGACAUCCAGCAAGAACACAGCUACUCCCUGAGCGGAGACUCUGCUCCCCAGAGCCCCUCCAUGUCCAUCAAAAUGGAUGAGGAAGCAGAGUUUGAAGGAAUGUGGUCUUUCAGCCAGGACCUGACGGCCAUCCUGGUAAAGCAGGAGCCUGAUCAACAGGCAGAGCCUUCCUCUACAGUCCCCUUCAUGGGGAACUCAUCCUUCCAGCCUCUCAACCUCGCCCCACCACCUCACAGGAGCUCAUCGGAGGAUACAGGCUCCAAAGAGUUGAACCUCAACCCCACGCCCGCAAUCAAAGAUGAACCCAGAGAGGUCAACCAGUUCCUCAACAUCCCUUCAGAUGAUCAGCUGCAGCUCCCCCCAACCCCUCCCAGCAGCCAUGGCAGUGACAGUGAUGGAUCCCAGAGCCCCCACUCCAUGCCCCCUUCCAGCCCAGCCCGCCUACAGGCCCGCUCCUCCGCUGCCAUAUCCUCCUCACCCCUUCUUACCGCCCCACACAAGCUACAGGGCACUUCAGGGCCCCUGAUGCUGACAGAGGAGGAGAAACGCACCCUGAUCGCUGAAGGUUACCCCGUACCCAACAAGCUGCCCCUCACCAAGACCGAGGAGAAGGCACUGAAGAGGGUGCGCAGGAAAAUCAAAAAUAAGAUAUCUGCCCAGGAGAGUCGCAGGAAGAAGAAGGAGUACGUGGAGUGCCUGGAGAAAAAGGUGGAGAACUACACGUCUGAGAACAGUGACCUGUGGAAGAAGGUGGAAACACUAGAGAGUGCUAACAGAACUCUACUACAGCAGCUCCAGAAACUCCAGGCCCUGGUCACAGGAAAAGUGCCCCAAUCCUGCAAGAUGGCCUCAACGCAAACAGGAACAUGCCUUAUGGUGGUGGCGCUGUGCUUUUUCCUGGUGCUGGGCUCCCUUGUGCCUUGUCUGCCUGAGCUCUCCUCCCUGUCCCAUACCGUGAAGUCCUCCUCGCCCCUCCCCUCGGCUGAUGUCUACACAGCCAGCCAGGUCCGCUCCCGCAGCCUACUCUUCUACGACGAGAGCUCCUCGUUGGAGGACGGUCACGGGGGCUUCCUGAAGAUGGAGGGGGACGGCUCGGAGGGGGCGCCCCUCGACUACACCGAGGACCGGUCGGCACGUGACAGCCACGGAGGCGAACACGAGAACACCAAGUACCUCAGCAAGGCUCACUCCGACCCGGUGGACUACAACAGGACCGGCGCCCAGUUCCUCCAAGAAGAGCCGCAGUACCACAAAAUAGAGCCAAACCCUGAAGGAGGAGCAGAGUACUUUUAACCUUUAGGGGCGGAGCUGCCAAAAACACACAGCUCUCCAGACACCUUACCCAUGUGGAUGUGUAGUGACACUACGGCGCCCCCUAGUGUGCCAUCCCCAACCCACCUCUCCCUGCACUCCUUGACCUCCUACAGUAGCUCCCUUGCCUUCCUGUUCCACCCCAUUCCCUGAAGUCCCACCCGAUAGAGUGGAUGAAGAGGGUAUGUGAAGAAGAUAGAAAUGAUGGGCAACUCCAAUCAAAGCUCCACAGCAACUUUUCAUCUUUGACUGCUGUGUUUGACUGGAGGCAUAAGCAGGGUGUGUGAGAGGGGCUUGAAUUUAGUGACUUGUUGAAACCUCUGUGUGCUAUGUGUGUCUGCCUGCACUUUCAAGUGCGUGAGUGUGGUUGCAGUGCUUCUGCGCAGAUGAAGUGGUCCUCAGAUUCCAUCACACUGUUGCUUUUUCAAGGACUGCAAAAAAUAUUUAGAACACAUGGGGUACUUCAGGUGAAGGGUGAAGCGGAUCUUUAGCAAAUUGGAUUGGAGGGUGAGGGGGAUAGGAAUACGGGGGCCUGUAUUUACAAUUCCAUUUGUUCUGUUAUAGAAAUUCCCUCUCCUACUUCACAAUUGGUAAUGCAAAUCUUUUAAUACAUACAUUCCAAAGAUUGUCCUCCAUUACCUUUCGCUUAAGCGCUUAAAAUGGACUCUAGUGCCUCAUGCUAGAAUUAUACAUCAUUCAAUGGCAUUUCUUGUCCCAUAAUGUUUAAGCUUGUAUAUGCAUUGCACUUUUUUUUUCUUCAGGUCGACAUUGCAAGCUAAUGGGUAUAAGUGCCUUCAAACUCUUUCAGUUUUUGUAUUCUCACACCAUCCACAUGGGGUUGUUAAUUGUAUUAUUUUACUCUUUAUGCAAUCUAAAUCAUAUGUAAUAUAUACGUAUUCUUGGCAUCAAAAAAUAGCAUAUUUAUUUUAUGCAAAAAAAUAUUGUGAACUUUUCUUUUUAUGAUAUCAAUUAUGAUGUAAUGUUUACAUGAUCUUGUUGUCUUAACUGUUACACAGUUUGUCUGUUUUUGUAUUUAUUUCUGUAUCAAGAAAGUUUUGUAUAUAUUGAAAAAACGUGAACAGGGACAAUCAGUGUAAAUACAUACCAAGGGUGUACAAUACUCCCUCACUGGAGCAAAGCCUUCUCUAGUCCAAAAUACUCUGAAAAACUGCUAAUCUUUACAAAAAUCUUAGUCAAUACACUACCAAGAGAAUAUAUUUUCUCCACAAAAAAAUUAAUGAAUAUCAUAAUUAUGCCAAAAGUCAAUUCAGGCCUAAUGUCAUUGUUAAUGUGAAAAUAGAGUAUAUUUUAAAUUGAAUAUCAAACCUCAGAAUCGACUGCGGGAAAAUAAAUUCCAUCACAAUUUACAGUAGUGCCCAAAAAACAGUUCACUCUAAAGAACACUAUUCUGUUGAUAAUGCUUCUGAAAAACGUUAGUGACUCCAGCAGCAAUAUAAUACAAAAAGCUUUUCAUGCAGAGUUAUUGUUGUGAAAAACCUUGUUACAUUGAAUAGAAGAUAUUCUGGUGUUCCCUCCUCUUCCUGCUGUGUUGUUUGAGGGCGCGAGAGGGAGGGAGAGAUUGUGUAAGGAGUGCGUGGGGCGGCCCACUGACGCUCAGUGAGAUUGCGUAAUGCUAGGUAGGAGGGUGUGAGUACACAGCCCAGGCUCUGUGGAGGAGGCAUGGAGGAUCUGGGUCAGCCAGUGGCCUUGGAGUCUUAUCUUAACAUCCAGUCUGUUGCUUUUCAUAGAUUCCAUUUGCUUAUUCACAACUGUGUCUUGUCUGUGAAUAAUCAGGGGAGGCCAGACUCACAAUCCUGCCAUAUGAGUAAUAUGUAUUUUACCCUAACAUGUCAUUAGAUUUGCAUUAUUCAUUUUCUGUCAAAUGGUUUGUAAAAUCACAACCUACCCUAUUAAUCAGAUUCAUAUAAUUUAUACAUUGGUUUUGAUUCCCUGUUGUCACCUGUCAUAUAUCUUAGUGCACAUUACCUGACCAAUGUAGAGUUGGUUAACUGAGUACACUGAUAAUGUGUGUAUAUUGAAAAUGUAGAUUGCUUCCUGUCAAAAUACUGUUGGUCUAUGUUUGUCCUUUGGUUUUAUUAAUAGAUGUUUAACUAAGGUUCAACCAGAUGCUCUGGAUGCUGACCAGCCCUCACCCACUUGCCUUCUAUAAACACACCUUUUACUGAUCAAAUGGUUGCUUAGUUGUUGUCCCCCCCCACACACUCACGACCCAAACCCACCCCAGCCCCAUCUACCCUACCUGCCCCACCAUCUUUAGGCUGUCUUAAAGCAGUACCUGGGAUAAAUGACUGCUACUCUAUAUUCUAUAAUCUGUCAAAUGUGCUAAUCUUGAACAGGCUCUCUGAUGACUGUGUCAACACUAAACCACUGUGAUCAUGCAUAACACAAUAAAUCAAGUCAGACUACGUUAUCUGGUUGAACCAGGGUCAAUCUUUUGGAAUCCGUCCCCCAAAUGUGUGGUAAAAACCUUUUUCAAAACCUGUGUGAGGGAUUUUACAAAGCUAUUAUAAUUCAAAGUGAAAUGAUGCAAAUCUUACCAAACAUUCCAUGUAUUUGUUGGCGUUCUUACAUAAUGUGUGCCCUUUUGUACAUAAGAAAAAGUUAAUACUUUUGCUGUAAAUAGGGGGAUGUAUUUUUGUAUUUGAAAUGUAUUUUGGUAUUCACCUGGCGCCUUUGGGAAGGAACUGGCCAGUUGCUGACCUUUCACACUGUGGCUGUACAUUAAAAUGCAUGUAUUUCUGGGCAAGCCACAGGAGCCUCUCUGUAUUGCCUUUCUGUAUCAGUCUCUUUAAAAGUAGUUAGUAAGUAGCGUUAGUAUCAAGCAAAAUAUAAAAAUUGCAUCAGCAUAACACCGUC